AUGUCUCUCGCGCUCGCUGGUGCCACCGGCGCCUAUGGUGCCCUUAAUGGUUACUGGGGUCAAACUGCCGGCCCCGAGCUCAGGGACUACUGUGACAGUGGAGUCCAGUAUGCCACGCUGGCUUUUGUCAAUAUGUCUCCCGAGAAGGACAGGUCCGGCGCUGGCUAUCCCGGAAUCAACUUUUCCUCCCACUGCUGGGCCGAGACUUUCGAGAGCGACAGCGGCCGCGCUUCUCAACUCUACAGAAACUGCCAAAGUCUGAAAACGGACAUUCCCUACUGCCAGUCCAAGGGUGUCAAGGUCCUCCUCAGCAUCGGUGGCGACUACGGGAAGCCCAAGGGUUCCGGGUACCUGUCCAACGACUACGAGGUCACCACGGACGCCAACGGGGAGUAUUUUGCAGACUUCUUGUACAAUGCUUUUGGCCCCUAUCGCCAGGGCUAUACCGGGCCGCGUCCUUUCGACCGCCCCGACGAGCACGUGGCGGUUGAUGGCUUCGACUUUGACAUUGAGAAGGAUUUUGAUAAUGGUCCUUAUAUUGCCAUGAUCAACAAGUUCCGUGCUCUUGACAAGAACAUGCUCAUCACUGGUGCCCCACAGUGCCCCACGGACCCGGCACAUUUCCAGAUGCAAGGCAUGGUUCAAAAGGCCGCCUUUGACGCUCUCUUCAUUCAGUUCUACAACAAUGCGGGCUGCAAUGCCGCCUCCAAAAGUGGCUUCAACCUCGACGACUGGGUCAAGGUGGUGUCCGAGAGCGACAAGAGCCAAAACGCAAAGCUGUUUGUCGGCCUUCCUGGCUCCACCAAAGCCGGCGAUGGCUACAUCGGCCCCAAGGAGGUCAAGGACCUCGUCUGCAAGUACAAAGACACCAAGAACUGGGGUGGUAUCUCGCUGUGGGACCUCAACCGCGCUGCCGCCAACGUUAUUGAGGGCAAGGGCUUCCUCCAGCAUGUCCAGGAUGCCCUCAAGUAUGGCUGCAAUCCCGAGCCAACCUCGACCUCGACAACGAGUGCCUCUACUUCCAUCUACUCUUCGUCUUGGUCUACAGGCACGGCUGGCACGUCUCUGAACACUACCAAGUCCAUCCCGUCGCAUGUCACGAACUCUCUCCGGUGGUCCAACUCGACCCUAACCUCGGCCUCGUCUGUGCCUAUGACCACGAGCACCGUCUACACCACGGUGGUCCUGACUCCGACGGCUCAGCCCGCCGAGCCAACUGCUACGCAGACGUCGGUGGCUCUCACAACUAGCACCGUCUAUGCGACCAGAAUUCACACCAUCACUUCGUGCGCUCCCGGAGUCGUCGACUGUCAUAGGGGUAAAGUGACGACGGAGACCGUUUCUCUGUACACCACUGUCUGCCCGGUGUUCCCCACAGCCCACCAUGAGAAGCCAGCUAGCACCGAGACCAGCGUGCGUGCGACAAUUCCGACAGAAACUUCUCAGCCCAGGGUGACGAGCACUUUGUAUGCCACCAAGAUCCAUACUAUCACCUCGUGCCCGCCUGAAGUCAGCAACUGCCCCAACGGAAAGGUCGUCACCCAGGUCAUCUCGUGGGUAUCCACGGCCACCCCCGUUGUGCCCGCGUCGAGCACCCUGGAGCGGCUUCCCAGGCCCUCGCCUGCCAACCCCAAGCCUGGCCAUGAGUGCAGCGGACCUGGCUGCUCUGCAGGCCCUGUCAAGUCCCAGGUUGGCGAAGAAUGCAGCGGCCCAGGCUGCCCUACAGGCCCAAGCGUUCCUAAAGCUCCCGGCAACGGCUGCCCCGGACUCAACUGCACCUCUGUAGGGUCGGUUCCCACGGGACGCCUCACACCAUCUGCCUUCCGGCCCACUGCGGCCCCCGUCCGGCCUUCUGCCGCUCCCGCCGAGCCAGUUACGGCUGGUGCUUCCAGCCUGGCCAUGGGCCUGACUGGCUUAGUCGCGGUGGUCGCCGCCCAGUUGUUUGCCCUAUGA